AUGUCAUUCCCAACUGACUUCACACAAUCCACGCACAGGAAAAAAGAAAAUAAACAAAUAUUUCCUGCGAAUAACGGUAUUGGUAGAUAUAAUAGUAAUUACACACUCCCUUCAAUCGAUAUGUCAACACUCGGUUUUGCAAUCUUCGAAGAUGCACGUUGUGCUAUUUGCGAUGGCGAUUUGGAUCCUAGACAAAAUACUCUCCACAUCACAUCCAAACCCAACCCACCCAUUCAACUCUGCAUCCCCUGCCAAAAGCAAAUAACCCACCUAAAACUCGAAUACGAAAUCCUCAAACGCGAGAAACGAGAAAGGCAAAUUGAAGAGUUAAAGCAGGCCAUUGAGACGUAUGCUGCGCAGGCGGAGUUAAAGGAAGUACUUAAGGAGGGGAAUAGGGUUUUGAGGGGGGAGAUUGAGGAGAUUGGGGGAUUGGGUUUGAUGGGGAAGUGA